AAUGGCAUUAACCAAGGUCGUUCUUCUUUGUAUUCAAAAUAAGAAAUAAUUAACAAUUACUCAUGAUUAAAUCUAUAAACACUUCUCACAAUAUGGUUAGAUUGAAAAAGUAAUCCCAAUUUAUAUCUCUAGAUUUUGAUAUUUGAAAAAACUCAAAUUUGGAAAGUCUUUUUGGAAACCAAAAACAAAGAAACUACCUAAAACUUAAUUAAAUAAUGUAAUAAUAACAUUUUGAAUUCCGAUUCUUCACUAAGAAUGUAAUUGUAUCCUAGCAAUCUAGAGAAUGUCACUUUUUCUGAUAUGAAUUCUGCUGGCAAAGGUAAUUUUCUAAUAAACCAUAUUAGAUUAUUCAAAGUUCAAAGAAAAAAGAGACUCUUAUAAUUCAACUGAUGAUGAAUAAACUUCAGUAGGCAGUUAAGGUGAAUAAUAUCCUAAUCUUAAUUCCACCAAAAAUUCACCAUAAAAUGUUUAAUAAUCUAUAUAUUAAUACUAAUAACAUUUACAACAAAGACUUUAUGAAUAAUAAGUACUCUAAAUGAGAUUGUAAACUCAAAGUUUAGAUCUCUAAAUCCCUGAUUAUAUCAAUACUCUAGCUUCAGUCUAAUGGGUUGAAUAAUUUGUUUAAUUGGGAAAAUUACUAUAAACAUAAUAUCUACUUCAAUAUUAACUUAUUGAUAGUUAUAUUAAUUAUAUCAAGUAAGAAUCUGUGAAUGCUUUGUCUGAAAUUCAAAACUAAUAACGACAACAAUAAAUCUAAUAAUAGUUGCAAAGUCAAAUUAAUACUCUUAAUCAUAUACAUCAUGUUGAUUAAUAAGAAAAAUCAAGAGUCAUUGUAGCCAAGUCUUUUGAUGACUCUGUUACUACCCUCGACAUGCUCUAUAAUAUUUUUAGUAUCUAUGGAAAUAUAGAUAAAAUGGUAUAUUAGAAAGACAAAUCAACAUUAUUGGUUGAAUACCAUCUUUAGAAAUGUGCUGAUUAAUGUAUAGAAAAGUUAAAUAAUGUUUUAUUCUAAGGACAAACUCUUUAAGUAAUCUCUUUAUAAUAUUCUAGAUUAACUAUUCGAUUUUGUAAGAAAUAACAUUCUUAGAUGAAUUAGAAGAAUUAGGAUUGGUUGAAAAGACUUUCUAUGAAGAAAGAUUCAUUGGAUCUGAAGCCACUAAUAGAUAUAAACCAAAAAACUCCUUUAUUGCUGCUGCACCCAAUGAUACUAUCUUUUUGAUGAAUUUAUCAAAUGAAUUACUUAAUAUUGAAAGUCUCCAACCACUUUUAGAAACUGAUAUUGUUGACUAUAAGUAUUUUUUAUUAUUAUAAUUUAGAUUUUAUGAGGAUCCAAAAUAAAAACAUAGUUGUGCCUUAAAAUUCAAAACUGUUGAAGAUGCUAUGUACUUCUUAGCUAAAAAUCAUGGCAAGAUAAUGUCUGAUAGAAAAAUCUUAAUGACUUUUUCUAAAAAGUCAAUGUGAUU